AUGUCUGGAAACAAAAAGCAGCUUAUUGGUCCUGUAGAAGAAGAGAUAAGAACACUAUUGUCACAGUCAGGAGACCCUUUAGAGGCUAUUCGAGCUAUUCAAAGAGACUAUGGACUUGAUCUUGUCGGUAUCGACGAUAUGUAUCCCUUGCUUGACUUGUGCGGUUGUAGCCGCUUGGAAAUUCAUAGUGCUUGCUUAAAUGCCCUCAAUAAGGCUAUUGUUGAGCAUAUCGAGAAACCUAGUUUUCAACUCGAAAAUUUUUAUGAUUUAUUCAACAAAACGUUUCCUUAUAUUCACAUCCCACUUAUGCAGCCUAUUCCUAUGGCACUUUUAAAGAAAUUUGAAAGACACAUUGAAGAAGACAUCAUUGAGAAGCUCAAGAGUGAUAUGACUGUAUUUGACAACUGUCCUAUGAAUAUCAAACAGCGUGUUUGGAAGCAAGAUGAAUCAUUUUUUCAACAGACUAUGAUUUCUUUAUUGAAUGAUUAUCAUCAUGAUGAAUCUCUGCAGUUACUAGCACUUAAUUUAAAGCCUGACAGUUAUCAAGAAAUGAUUGAAGAAAGCCUGUGUUCUUUGCGUGUAGAUGUAUUGAUGAAUUUUCAUGAUAUGGAAAGCCUUCAGGAAUGCUUUGACAAUGUCAGAAAUGGUUCACCACUUUAUGCUGAUUUUGCUAUGGUGUUGAUGGACCCUAUGAUUUCGAACUUUUUAGCAUCCACCAUCAUUAAAUGGCUAAGAAACAAUGUCGAGAAUAAUUUACAACGAGACAAUUUAGAAGAACUUACAAACUACAAUGCCAAAUUACUCAACCUGGCUGAAAAUGCACCUAAAGCAGUAGCCAACAACGCAAAGGUUCCCAAACUAGAUAAGGACUUAAAAGAGAACUUUUGGAAUGCCAUUUGCAAAGUCAUGCUGGAAGAAGGACACGAUCGAACACACCCUAUGGCUGAAAAGACAUCCAAUGUCAUUCUAUCUUUAUUAAAGCGUACAGACAUUGCUCGCAAAGUGUUUGUGCAUUAUUUAGUGGAACGUGUAUUUGAAGGCGAUAUUGGAACACUGCAUCGAUGCUUACCCUUGCUGCUUCAAACAUGGCCUACUGAUCUAGAGGAGGAUGUUACUAUUUAUCGACAAACCUAUCUGAGUUUUGUCAAGACCAUGAUUGACAUGAUCAUCAAACGUUAUUUAAUCAACUGUGUAGCAGAAGUGCAAUGGAGACAAGUUAUUAUGGAAGGUUUCUUGCUGAAAGUAGUUGCUUGGGAUGGCCGUAUACAUGAACAAAUGAUUCGCUUUUUGGCAGAAUUCUUUAUGGAUCCUAAAGUCCUCUUGAAACUAGGCCCACAAGUCGCUAUUCUGGUCGAAUGGGCCGAUAUUAUUGUGACACAUGGUUUCAAGGAUGACAAGGUAAAGUAG